UAGCUUCGAAAAAAACACUGAACACAGUAAACAAGAAAACAGACUCUCGCAGCCAGAAAAUCAAAUGAAGCAGCAGCAGCAAAAACGUGCAUAGCCAGACUUUUUCCACUGCUUAAAUAUUAUACAAAAUCCAAGAAACAAAAUUCAAUCAUUCAACACUGUUUCACGAAGAAUUCUAUGCUACUGACGUUAUAUUUUUAAACUAAACUAAACAUUUAAAAUUUGCCAUCAAACAAAUGCAACGGACCAACGCCAUUUAAGUGAUACAACAAAACAAAUAAAAGUUUAAACAACAUAAGUGCUGUGAUUUCCACUACAAAACAACAACAACAAGCAACCAACCAACCAACAAAACCAACCAACCAACAACAAAUGUUAAUUUAAACUGCAACCAGAACGGAAAGAGGAAGAAUUAAAGCAAUCAGCAAGAAAACAAACAGCAAAUUGUGAUAAAUUAAAUAAGCUUAAUUAAAUUGUAAAAGUGAUAUACAAAGAAAGGCGUCGAAAGCCGUCGGAAAAUUGCAAGCGAGCUAGCGAACGAACGAACGACUUUCGAUUCGAUUCGACUUUCCAAGCCAACAAAAAAACACACAGAAAACCGAUGAAAAUGGAUGUUAUUGCUCGGGAACAAAUCAUCUACGGUAGCCUGCAAGGAUCAAACAAAAAUAAAGAUUGGACCAGCAGACUGCCACCGCCGUCGGCAUACACUCUGGACCUGAUGUCCAAGAAGGCCAAGACAACUGGGGCCAGCAGCAAUGGCAGCAAUGCUACCGCCACAUCCACAUCCACAACCACAUCCACAACCGCAUCCACAACCACAUCCACAUCCAGCAGUAUUAAGCACAAGCAGCCGGCGGGCAGCAGCAACAACAAUGUUGGCCAAAGUCAGAGCAAGAAGACAAAGCCCAGCGGCAGCUACAAUAGCAAUAGCAACUACUACUACUACGCUGCUGACGAGGAGGAGGAGGUGGGCGGUAGCAAUGAUAGCUCCUCGCCGAUGAGCAACUACGAUAAGAAGGCCGUCGAGGAGCUGUCCCUGCGACUGCUCGACGAACUGAGGGCGGCCAAGUCGCGUCAUUUGACCUGUACGGAAGUGUCGCUACCCUGUGAUCUCACGCCGAGCGUGGCCCGCGAAAUUAUACGCGUGUCGGAGAAGGAGCCCCGCGGCAUACGCGGCUGCACCAUCUACAUUGAGUUCGAGGAUGAGCCGAAGAAUUCGCGUCGCAUUGCCUCGAUCAAGGUCGAUCCGGAUACGGUGUCCACAUUUGAGGUGUAUCUAACCCUUCGUCAGGAUCAUCGCGGCUGGACGUCGCUGUUGCCGCAGUUCAUGAAGAGUUUGGCCCGCACGAUCACCAUCAGUCCGGAGUAUACGAUCACCAAGAACAAGUUGUAUUCCGCUGAUGGUUUGGGUGCACGCAGGAGCUAUAGCUUCGGCAGCCACGCCCACAGUCCCAGUGCGGCCAUCGCCACGCCCACCAACUAAUGGUGAUCAGCAAGAUCUGUCAGAUAUGCAUAUAUCUUCUCGCAUAUAUGUGUCUGCGCGAAACAAAAAGCAAAAAACACCACCCCUGUGAUGAUCGAGAGCAGUAGUUUGUUGCAAUUGAAGUGCAACAACGAAGCAAGUAUUCGAAGCCACCCCACCUACACCACACACACUCACACACAUACACCUUUAAUACACACACACCCACACACAUAAACACACAAACACACAUUAGGGUACGCCAACCACACUCUCAUACUAAUACUAUAUAUGCGGACCGUAAGGCCCGAUUUUUGUAAUUGUGACUCUCACCACCAUUUUACUUAGAUGCGUAGUGCUAUAACAAAUAACUAGAGUUUUAAGUUGUUUCUCCUUUUUCAAAAACGCAAAAGCAAGAAAAACAAAAGGCGACAAGAGCGAAAAGAAAAGUAAAGAAAAACCAACAUGAAAUUCAAAGACGGCAGCCCCACGAAUCAAUCCCAGAAUCAUAUUUCUGGGGCCUUCGCUUUGGGGCUCGCCGGUCGACAACUCAUGAAUAUGUGAUACUGUUUAAGAUGCUAAGAGUUUUCUGCCGGAUGCACCAAAAUCCGGCAAAAGACGUUGAUAAAAUUACACAUAACACAAACACACAACACACAAACACACCACACAAUACACACAACACACCCCAUACACAAGAAAAACCACAAUACAAAAGAACAGAUUUUUUUUUAAAAUUGUAUGCUAUAUAGUAAUAAACAAAGAAACCAACAAAACAAACAAACUUGAUCUUGGUAAAUUUAAAAUUUAACUUUAAAACUGUGAGAGAUGAUGAGGGCCUCUAACUGUGAAUGAGGCAGAUGAAGAACACACGCUCCAAUUUUAGUUAGACGCAGCUUGCUGCAAUAAAAAUUUUUUAAAUUAUUAAUUAAUAUUAAUUAAAACCAACAAAUUUUAGGAUUUUAACAAAUUUUUAUAUAUUAUUAAAUGUAUAGCGCGUACUACACAAAAUACAACAAAAAAAUAAAAACACAAAGAAAAUCCACAACAAAAAAAUACAAAUAAAAAUUUAAACUAAAAAUGAGAAUAAAUUAAACUUAAACAAAAAAAAAAUCAAGCAUAAAAUUUAAGGCAAUGAAUAUCUCAGUAAAUGUGAAAGCGUAAAAAAUUUGUAAAAUUUUUUUGUCUGUGUAAAACUCCCAAUGCGAUAUGAAAACAAAAACUUAAAUGUAGCAGCAAAAAACAAAAAUCAAGAAAUCGUCAAAUAAAAUGUGAAAAUUUAAUUAAAUGCAAUGCGAUAUAAUUUGUAAAAAUUACAAUUAACGUAAUGAGGAAAACUUAAUGUUCUCACAAAUACAUUAACACACCAUUCACACAUCCACACCAACAUACAAAAA